CCAAAAUUAUAAACUUAUAAUUAACCAUUCACUAAUUUUUUUUAUUCUUUUCAUUUUGAGUCAAUUUUGAAGCUUCUUCUCUCAUUGAUUUGCAUCAGCCAUGGCCGAGAUUGAACUUAAGACUGCCCCGGCUGAUUUCCGGUUCCCAACAACCAACCAAACUAGGCACUGUUUCACUCGCUACGUUGAGUUUCAUAGGUGUGUUGCUGCAAAGGGUGAUGAGGCUGCUGACUGUGAAAGAUUCGCAAAAUACUACCGUGCACUUUGCCCUGGUGAAUGGGUUGAUAAGUGGAACGAGCAGAGGGAGAACGGGACUUUCCCAGGCCCUCUUUAAUUAAUAACCAUCAAAUUUGCAGCAUCCUUUUGGUUAUUAUGAAGAAAGCAUUUGUUUGCAUUGAUAUGUUGUUCUUGUUUGAAUUUUCAAGGGAUCAAUAAGGAAAACUUCUUUCUACUUGUUAUUUUCACUUGAAAAAGCCUUGGGAGCUUUAUACAGUUUCUCAGUUUUUCAUUUCAUGGAUAUUUAUUCUUAUUCUGUUUAAAGAUAUGGUUUUUUUCUUCUCUCAUGUUGGGAAUAAGUAUAGCUCUUUCAUUAAGAAAGAGGAUUGAUUA